AAAUUGUGUCCGUUCUUGAGAUCACUUUAGUCUUUAUAGCUAUAUAUAGAAACCACCCAUAGAUAGCUAUCCCUCUCAUAAACAAAUUGAUAGUUAAGAUUUUCUGCAACAAAAAUAUGGCUUCCAACAAGGUAGUGUUCUCAGUGUUGCUUCUCGCCGUCGUCUCCGUGCUCGCGGCGACGGCGACCAUGGCGGAGUACCACCACCAAGACCAGGUGGUCUACACCCCGGGCCCGCUCUGUCAGCCAGGAAUGGGCUACCCGAUGUACCCGCUCCCGCGUUGCCGGGCGUUGGUGAAGCGCCAGUGCGUCGGCCGUGGCACGGCCGCCGCCGCCGAGCAGGUCCGGCGAGACUGCUGCCGGCAGCUCGCCGCCGUCGACGACAGCUGGUGCAGGUGCGAGGCGAUCAGCCACAUGCUGGGAGGCAUCUACAGGGAGCUCGGCGCCCCCGAUGUCGGGCACCCCAUGUCCGAGGUGUUCCGCGGCUGCCGGAGAGGGGACUUGGAGCGCGCGGCGGCGAGCCUCCCGGCGUUCUGCAACGUGGACAUCCCCAACGGCGGAGGUGGUGUCUGCUACUGGCUGGCGAGAUCUGGCUACUAGCUAGGCUACUGUAGCUAGCUGUGCAUGUAUGUGGUGUGGUUACUAAAAUAAUUAGUGUUUUCCUUUUGUUUGGAAGCAUAUGUGUGGUGAAUAAAUGAUGAACUCCGAUGUUCCUCUCUAUAAAUCUUGAUGAUUCGCUAGCUA